AUGUGCGCUGGUUCCAGGGCUGGCACCCCGAGCAACCCUGGUCGCGCAGGGGUGCCGGUGGCCAGAAGGGACAUCCCAAACCCGGGCUCCCGUGAGGCAGCGGCGAAGGGGCGCGCAGCACCCAAGACCGCGUCGGGCCCCACCGCCGGCCGUGUCCCCUUUACGGUGGCGCGGCCCCGGGGCGGGGCGGGGGUGGUGCCCGGUGACGCGCGGGGCGGUCCCACGGCCGGGGCGGGGCUGUUCCCGCCGCAGCGCAGCGGCAGCGGCAGCUCCGAGGCGGCGGCAGCGGCAGCGUCCGGUGGGACCUACCGGCACCGGCGCCUCCGCUCCGCCCGCCCACCCCGGCCGCCUCCCGAGCGGGGCGGCCCCUCGGCGCGCCGGGGCGUGGCGCGCCCGUCCGUGCCCCCCUUCCCCCGGUUGAUCGAUCCCUCGCGGCCGCCGCCCCCAUGGCCGCCCCGCCCGCCCCCCGCCGCCGCCCCGGCCCCCAGCGCCGGGGCUGAGCCCGGCAGCCUCCCAGGCGCCGCCCCCGCUUCCCCUCCCCGCUGCGAGGAUCCGCGCUCCCGCCCGCCUCGCUCCUCGUUCCCCCCCCCCGGCCGCGGCCGCCUCCCCGGGGGCGGCGGGAGGAAGCCGGGGCGUGGGGCUCCGGCGCCCAGGGCGACCCCAAGAUGGCUGGAGGCGGCGGGGGCGGGCGCGGGGGGCUGUGCUGAUCGGCCCCGCCGGGACGGGACAGGACGGCUCGGCUCGGACUCGCCUGGCCCCGCAGCCCCUCCGCAGAGCCUCGCCGGGCGGGCAGGCGGGCAGGGGAGGCGGUUCCCGGGAGCGGGGUUGUUCCGGUGA